AUGGCCUUGUUCCUUCAACAAACACUUGCCGUGUGCCUUCUACUACAAGCGCUAUAUAUUUCAUCAUCUUGGGCAUUCACAACCCAAACUAGCCAGCCAUUUCAGUUGUUGGCUUCGUCAUCGUCCACAACAUCUCUGCAAACUACGGUGGCCGAAACUUCCAAUAACGUAAAGUCUCAAUAUUUUGAUUUCCAAGGGCAUCAAUGCUACUCCGAAGUAGCCUCGCCGACGUUUCAAGCACCACUCUUUGGCAAAAAGAAACCUGAAGUCUUGCUCCUACAUGGGUUUGGUUGCUCGACUGUCUAUUGGAGAGAAACCUAUCGCUAUUUAAAUGAGGCUGGAUACACUGUUCACGCGGUCGAUUUGUUGGGACAAGGCAAGUCGGACAAACCGGGACGCGCCGAUGGCAUUGAAUAUUCCACCAGUUUAUGGGCCCAAGUAGUGGAUACCUACGCCAAAGACUACAUGAAGAGUGCGGAUGAAAUUGUCGUCGUUGGAAACUCCUUGGGAAGUUGUGUGGCCCUGGCGGCUGCCACUGGAGAUUUCCCCAAUGAUAUCUCUUCAUGCAGCUAUAGUAUUGCACCACGAACGAUCGGCAUCGGCAUGUUUAAUUGUGGAGUGGGAAUGAAUAGUCGGAACGUCAUUCGAGAUCCAGGCUGGAACCCAUUUCAAAGAGCCUUGUUGACACUACUCUUUGAUACUCUCGACUUUGUCAUUUUCGGGAAUCGAGCACUUAUCAGUUAUCUACUGAACGAAGUGGUGACAAAAGAGCUACUGCAAAAUGCAUUAACUGGAUUGUAUCGAUGUGCUCCCGAUCCAGAAUCCCGAGUUGACGAUGCCUUGGUCGAGUCAUUUUACCGUCCCGCCCAGGACAGUGGCUCUGUUGAGGCCUUGAACCAAAUCUAUACCAACGAUCCUGGAAAAACACCAAUGGAAUUUCAUGAAGAUAAUCCCCAAUUGAGUAAACUCCCCAUCAAACUGAUAUGGGGAGACUCGGACGCAGUGACUCCCAUUGCAGGGUCUGUGGGACAGUUCUACACGUCAUUGGCAAAUGACGAGAACAGUAAGGUGUCAUUGCAAAUGGUGAAUGCGGGACACAUUCCAUUUGAUGAAAUCCCAGAAUGCAACAAAUUCUUUGUACAAUGGCUUGAUCAACUGUCAGAAAACAAGGGUGGUUCCAAAAAAGAGCCCAAACCUUUUUUUGCAUGGCCGUUUUGUCAAUAG